AUGGUGUUUGAGCUACUAUCGGAUGUUGGAACCACAACAUGGCUGGCCGUCCUGCUCGUCUUGGUCCUGUCCUGGUACUGGACGGCCAGCCAAUCAAAAAACCUCCCACCGUCACCUGGGAUAGCUUUACCUUUCAUCGGACACAUGUAUCUGCUGGAGAAGAAUCCCAGAAAACAGUUCGAACGGUGGGUCAAGCGGUUCGGUCCGGCGUUCAGCUUGAGGUUUGGGAUGAACCAAGUCGUGGUGCUCAACACGUACGACGUGCUGAAAGAGGCGCUGGUCAAGCAAGGUGACCACUUCUCUGACCGGCCAACAACGGGAUUUGUCGCGGCCAAUCUAUCCUUUCACUCCAAGGGCGUUAUUUUUUCAUCAGGCGCCAACUGGAAAGAACAGAGAACGACAUCACUUGCCAUUUUGAGAACAUUUGGCAUGGGGAAGAAUAUUUUGGCUGAUAAAAUCUCUUUUGAGGUUUCUAAAUACAUUGAAGCACUUUCUGAAAGUGGAGGAAAACCUACGGACAUCAGGACUCUCACCAACAUCAGCUUCUCAAAUGAUGCAACUGUAGCCGGGUACACCAUCCCCAAGGGGACACAAGUCUUGCCUUACCUGGACGCCGUCCUGAUGGAUGUAAAAAUCUGGGGCGUAACUUCCGUCCAGAGCGUUUUCUUGACGAUCAAGGCAACAUCCAAAACAGAGGAACUCAUUCCUUUCUCCUUGGCCGACGUGUUUGUUUAG